AUGCGCGGGCCGUGCGGCCGCCUGUGCCUGCUGGCCGCGGUGCUGGGGCUGUGCGCGGGCAGCAGGAACUGCCCCGACCUCCUCGUUGACAGCUGCCUGUGCGCCGCGGAGCGCGCCAAGGCGCCCGGCCGCCCGGCGCUGCGCAUCAAAGUGCUCUGCAGCGGCGGCGACUUGCUGGAAACUUUGCCGCCCGCCGUGCUGCCCAACCGCACCGUGACCCUGAUUCUGAGUAACAACAAGAUAUUAUGGUUAAAGAAUGGCUCUUUCUUUGGACUGAGAUCUCUGGAGAGACUAGAUCUGAAGAAUAACUUAAUUAGCACAAUUGAGCCUGGGGCUUUUCAUGGACUUGCAGAACUGAAGCGCCUAGAUCUGUCGAAUAACAGGAUUGGUUGCCUAACGCCAGAAAUGUUUGUUGGACUUAACAAUCUUCACAAAUUAAAUUUAUCAGGAAAUAUUUUUUCAAGUCUCAUGAAUGGACUUUUUUCUGAGUUGCUAGCUCUGAAAGCACUGCAUUUCAAUACUGAUUCACUCAUUUGUGACUGCAAUCUGAAAUGGGUCUUGCAAUGGGCCAGAAAUGCUUCCGUUCGAAUAGCAGAGGAGACCGUUUGUGCUUACCCCAGUGCUUUGCAAGGCCUCUCCUUCCGUAACCUGAAAGACGACCAGCUGGUUUGUGCUGGACCUUUGGAACUGCCUCUUUUUGAGCUGAUCCCAUCACAGAGACAAGUGGUUUUUCAUGGAGACCGAUUGCCUUUCCAGUGUACUGCAACGUAUGUUGACAACACAACCCAAGUACAUUGGUACCAUGGCGGUCGUCUUAUUGAAACAAAUGAGGAGAGUGGCGUAUUUGUGGAGGAUAGCAUCAUUCAUGACUGCUGCUUAAUUACACGCGAGCUUAUCUUAUCCAGUAUUGACAUUGAUGCAACUGGAGACUGGGAAUGUCUAGUCAACAAUUCUUAUGGAAAUAGCACUAAACAAGUGGAGAUUGUGGUACUUGAGACAGCUGCACCCUAUUGCCCUGCAGAACGAGUAAUUAACAACAAGGGUGAUUUCAGAUGGCCCAAAACUCUGGCUGGGAUAACUGCCUACCAUCCCUGUCUUCAAUAUUCAUUUAACUCCAUUGCCUUUCACAAGGGAGCAGAAGAAUCUAAGGCAUGGCGUAAAUGUAAUAGAACUGGACGCUGGGAUGAAGAAAAUUAUUCUGAGUGUCCUUAUUCACAGGAAAUAACUCAAGUUCUUCAUGCCUUCAGUCAGAUGCACAUCAAUUUGACCAGCGUGCUUGAAUUUUCCCGCCAGCUGACAGCUUACACAAGAGGUGCUUCCCACUUUGCGGAUAAAAUGGAUGUAAUAUAUUUGGCUUAUAUAAUGGAAAAGCUAAUUGUCUUUGUGGAUGAAGUUGAGGAAAUUGGAGAUGCCCUGAUUGAAAUUGCCAGCAAUAUAAUGCUGGUUGAUGACCAUGUGUUGUGGAUGGCUCAAAAGGAAGACAAGGCGUGCACCAGAAUUGUACGAUGUGUAGAGCACAUUGCAAGUCAAGUGCUGACCAACAAUGUUCAAGUUAUAUCAAAGGUAUCCCUUAAUAUCGCUCUAGAGGCCUUCAUGAUCAAGCCAUCUAGUUUCAUAGGAAUGACUUGCACUGCCUUCCAGAAAUUACCUGCAAAUUCCGACAAGUCAGCAGUGGGAAGCUGGGAAAUGCAUCAUCACCCUGAUCAACAUUUGAAUUUCAAGUGCAACACUGGCAAUCUGAACAGUUCCUUGGUGAAUUCUUCUACCAGAAAUGCUGUAGCAGUAGCUUCAGUUCAUUUGCCACAGUCUGUCUUCGCUCAGUCUUCAGCCUGGCAAUCUGUUGAUAACUCCACUUGCAAGCUACAGUUUAUUGUCUUUCGGAAUGGAAAACUCUUUCCCAGCACAGGGAACUCGUCAAAUCUUGCAGACGAUGGGAAACGCAGGACGGUUGCCACACCAGCUGUUUUUGCUAAAAUAGAUGGGUGCAGCUUUGGAAACCUUACCAGCCCUCUGACUAUAGGGUUGAGGCACUUUGCACGGGGUAUAGACCCCAUUGCAGCCUUCUGGGAUUUUGACCUUCUAGAUGGACAUGGAGGCUGGUGGGGAGAAGGGUGCCACAUAAUCAGUUCUGCAGGCAAUAUUACCACCAUUCAGAGUACACACUUCAGUAACUUUGCAGUGCUAAUGGAUUUUAAGACAGUGCUGUCUUUCCCCCAGUACCCAGGGGAGUUUCUGCACCCUGUGGUAUAUGCAUGUACUGCAGUAAUGUUGUUGUGCCUGUUUGCUUCUAUUAUCACCUACAUUGUACAUCACAGCACAAUCCGAAUCAGUAGAAAAGGAUGGCACAUGCUUCUCAACUUCUGUUUCCAUACUGCUCUUACUUUUGCUGUUUUUGCUGGUGGAAUCAAUCGUGUUAAAUACCCAAUUAUAUGUCAGGCUGUGGGCAUAGUAUUGCAUUAUUCUACACUCUCUACCAUGCUGUGGAUUGGAGUAACUGCAAGGAAUAUUUAUAAACAAGUCACAAAAAAACCUCAACCGUGCCAAAACGGUGACCAACCUUCUUAUCCAAAACAACCACUACUCAGAUUUUAUCUGAUUAGUGGAGGAGUUCCUUUUAUUAUAUGUGGAAUUACAGCAGCAACCAAUAUCAAUAACUACGGAAUUGAAGGCAAUGCACCAUACUGCUGGAUGGCAUGGGAGCCUAGCCUGGGCGCUUUCUAUGGGCCAGUAGCAUUCAUUGUGCUAGUCACCUGCAUUUACUUUCUCUGCACUUACGUGCAGCUGAAGCGCCAUCCUGAACGCAAGUACGAGUUGAAGGAAAGGACAGAAGAUCCGCAGAGAAUGCCAAGCACUGAGGCGAGCCACAGUCAUAUCACAGACCCUGUGUCCGUUCCCCAAGCAACUUGCUCCUUGAUUUCUUCUUCCUUAUUGGAAAAUGAGCAUUCAUUUAAGGCUCAGCUUCGAGCCGCAGCAUUCACUUUGUUCCUGUUUAUGGCCACGUGGACCUUUGGAGCACUUGCAGUUUCUCAAGGCCAUUUCUUGGAUAUGAUAUUUAGCUGUCUUUAUGGAGCGUUCUGUGUGACCUUGGGGCUUUUCAUCCUGAUCCAUCACUGUGCAAAGCGAGACGAUGUGUGGCAUUGCUGGUGGUCCUGCUGCCCAUCUAGAAGAAACACCUACUCUGUCCAAGUUAAUGUGCGUCCAAAAGUCAAUGUCAACGGUGACACUCAAGUUCAUCCACCUUGUCUUCAGGAAUCACCGUGUCCCAACAAAUCCGCCGUGUUUAACCACCCUGCUGCCAGCCACUGCAAACUGACUAAUCUGCAAGCAGUUCAAAACCACGUUAACUGCCUUUCACCUGUGACACCGUGCUGUGCAAAAAUGCACUGUGAUCAGCUGCUUGACGACGAAGCUCACAUUCACGUCCACAACGAGGGCACCUUCAGGCCCAAUAUGCACAUUCAUAGAUGCCUGAAAGGCAGAACUAAGCCACGUUAUUUUAGCCGCCAUAGGUCUGCAGGUGAGAGGGAAUAUGCCUAUCACAUUCCCUCAAGUAUUGACGGCAGCAUCCACAGCUCGCACACAGACAGUCCCCACAGCACGCACGACGGGCAGCCGGGGCACCGGCGGCCCUGCUGUGCCAAGGGCGAUCCCUACCCUACCGUCAACCAGCCCGAAAGCAGCGACGCAAGUACUGUCAUAUACAGCUGUGCCAAAAUGCCAGAGAGUGACACUGCGCACCACACAGCUCACUUUGAAAUGCACCCACGGACACAGUCGUUGCCGUUUGGCACGACGAGUCCCAACGGCAUCCUCAAGGGAAACGUGCACGAAGCCAUGAUAUACAGCUCGGACAGCACAGGAAAUAUCAAAACUGGCCCUUGGAAAAAUGAAACUACUGUGUAGUUCCCAGGUCCUCGUGUUGUCUUUGGUUCCACCUAAAUCGUCAUAGAAAGGCUUUGUUUUGCUUCCAAGCUACGUGAGAUGACAUAUUUGUGUAGCACAUCAGCAAAUUGUACAGCUUUUCCACCUUUAUUUCCCUUUCUGUAAUAAGGAGACACUAAAAGAGAGAUAAGGGAUAGUGUUUUAAAAGUGAAGUUAUUUUUAAAAGAAAGUUAUAAAAUCAUUCUGGAAGAUAAUUAGAAAAAGGGGUGUAAAGAACUGAAUGCAAGAGGCAAUAUCCUUUUGUUAUGCAGAACUAUAUUUAUUUAGAAAUGCGUCAUUUCAUUCUUUUGACUUUUUAUUCUGUAGUAACUUCAGACACUUUUUAUAAACAUAUCAACAUCUUAAACUUCUACUUAUUUAUUUUUGUAGCAAAAUAUUACUGUGCCAUGGAUUUUAAUCUGAAGUGACUAUAGUAGAAAUGCUAAACAGGAUUUUAUAAAAUUACAGCUUUUUAGAUCCACAAAAGUGAUACUGCCUCUAAAGAUCUUCUGUAGCAUAUGGCCUGUAAAAUCAUGUAAUGUACAGUCCCUGUUAUGUCCCUUUUCUUGUUGGAGAGAAGUGCUAGGUAAUAUCUCUGUUACAUCUAUGGUGCUGUAUUGGUUGUAUUUUGCAUGACAUAUGUCAGGAUAUACCAUUUGCUGUUUUCUAGUGUUACAUGUGUUAAAAAAAAGAACAAAAAAAGUGUUGUACAAGGCUGUGAAAAACCCUAUUGAUAUUAAUCUAGAGCAUUAUAAAUCCACAGGAAAACAAUCACUCUGCACUAGUUUAAGUGGCACAAUCCUUGUAUAAGGUUAUAUGAUAGCUUUGAUAAGGGUCCACUCUAAUGUCUUUACAGAGCAUGCACUACUCAUUGUAUGUGACACUGUGCAGUGUAAUAGCAAUCGUCUCAACAAGUUCUACACUUCUUUGUAAAGUAUGGAGCAAAUCUGUAAGCUGUUUCAUGAUAACCUUUCCACAUCGGUUAAGGUAGAGCAGUUUUAUCAUUAACUCUUUGAGGACUACAGUUAUUUUCUUUAAAAUAGCUUAUUCUAAUUCAGAGAGGCAGUAUAUACGAUAUUGACUAUUUAGUUACGUGAUCAAUGUAGUCCAGAGUUGUCAGGAAAGAGGAAGCUCAGUCUUUUUUUCCAAAAACACAAUUAUUCCCUUUAUAAAUUUCACCACUUACUAUGUGAAAACACAUUUCCUCUCCUAGGAAAUUUCAGUUGUCUUCAUUCCUUAAUGCAAAUUUGACCUUCUGAAGAAGUUCUUUCUAUUCAGGAUUUCUGCUGAAUUGUAGGGCAUUCGAGGGUCAGUAACAUUCUCUAUUAAAAAGGCUCUUGGCAAGAAAUUUUUUCAUGUUUCCGUGAACAUCUGGACACAAAGCAUCAACUCACAGUACAGUACUGAAUCAUAUGAAAUGAAGCUACUUUUUUUCAAAAAGGAAGGAUGCAGAAUAAUAAUGGAUCACAUAAAGUGAAUAGGAGCAUAGUGUUGAGAGGAAAAAUGUCU